AAUACGACAUUUCGAAAUAAGAAUAGAGAAUGGAUUUACAUGAAAGAAUUUAAAUAUUUGGAAUUUGAUUCAUUAUACGAAAAUUAUGUUAAGAAACACAAUCAAAUUAUUAGCAAGUUAUUAAAUCCAAAACUUAAGAAAAAUAAUCCUCCGAAAGUAGUUGUUGUAAAACCUGAUAUGGUAACAGGAUAUGGAAACCGUUUCCCUGGAAUAGUUUGUGGAUUUUUGUAUGCAAUCAUUUCUGAUAGACUUUUCUUUAUUGAAGGCUACAAAAAUUUUGAUGAGUAUUUUCUGUUAGAUUUCAAUCAUAAUUGGAGUUCUAUUGAGAAUUUUUAUAAUAAAAAUUCUUCAAAAUAUUUACAUAAUAUUCGAGAUAAUGACUUUGCUUUAAUAACAAAGGGUAGCCUUAAGAAUGUUGACUCUUUUGAUAUUUUAUACGUUCGUACUUGGGAUUAUGUUUGUGCUCCUAUAAUAUCAAACCCUCAUUACAAGGAUUGGAUUGGUAGAAUAAUACCUGAUUAUAGAGUUUUCACUGCAAUUAGUUUAAGAUUAUUUAGAUUAAAAUUAACAUUUGUUGAUCAAGUAAAAAAUUUUAUAGAUAAUAAUUUUGGGGAUCAUAACAUAGGGGUUCAUAUAAGAUCAAGAAAAACUUCAUUAUAUAAAAUGGCAAUUCCUGUAGAACAUUAUUUUCAGGUUAUAAAAAUGCUUUUGGUGGGGAUUAAAGGAAAAAAUAUUUCAAUUUUUAUUGCUUCUGAUACAAAUGAAGAUCGUGAUAAAUUAGCUAAAUUACUUAAGCCUAGCAAUCACUUUAAUAAUAAUACAAUUAAUAUUGUAUAUGUGGAAAAUAAUAUGGAUAUUCGUAAUCCGGUGAAUUUUAAUCCUGGUACUGAAGCAAAUGCUAUUGUUGAUAUGAAGAUUCUUAGUUUUUGUGAUGAUAUGGUGAUUACUUAUGGUUCAUCUUUUGGUUUUAUUGCUGCUGGUUGGUCUUAUAAUGCCAUUAGUCGUCAAAGAGGUCCAUUUAUCCUUAUGCCUAUUAGAAACAAUUCUGAUGAUUUAUUUAUUAAUGAUAAAAUUUAUGUAUGGGGUGCUGGUUCAAGUGAACCAUGUAUGUAUUCAAGUAGAUUGUUGAUUGGGAAAGAAGAUAAAGAGACUGUAGAUAUUUUUAAAACAAAUCCAUUAUGGAUGCAUCAUAGUCAAUGUCAUUGGCCAAUAUAG